GGUCCUCAGAUCCCACAGUCACCAGGUGGGGCUCAGAAAACCAGGCAACAUUUACUCUAACUGCAGACUCAUUUUUCCUGGGAACAUUUAUUAAAAGAAUUUUGUAGCAAUCCUAACUGUCCCACCACGUGAAAGGGCUGCUUCUAUCAGCCAAUGUUCCCUGCUGCCCAGAUGUUCCAGAAAAAGCUGGACAACUACUCGUCGAGUGUGUCAUGAGGGAUUUUUGUAGUCCCUUAGCAUAUUUGCAAAAUCAGGCAGGAAUGAUUAUUGGCUGUUUACUGUUUUGUUAGCCUUCGUUUCCUUCCUCUCCUCACCUCCAAAGGCAGUCUCUAGCCUAAUUCGAUAAUCCUACUCAUUCAGUGAACUACUAAACUGUAAUUAUUUGCAUCCUGAAACAAACCUGCUUUUAUCGUCAUUAUCCUUGGAGCCCACUGAACCCUUGAGCAUGCCAGCAAGCACCACAAUGAUGACUCUCUUCUCCCAGAGGCCCUGUAAGCCUUCCUUAGUUAUAGCUGUGAAGUAUUUUGAGAAACCUGAAUUAAAGUGCUAGAGAAAGCACAACACACAUUUAUUGCUCAUCUUGGAAAGACAACAGCAGUGAGCUUCCAAAACUAUCUGUGAUUAACAUAAUCUGGGGGUAAUGAAUAUGGAUAUUGCCAAUAGUCACCUAGAAGCAUGUUUUCUUUUGUACAUUUUGUUCUCUCCAGUAAAUUUCCUACCAAGAAAGGAAACGGUCCCAACUCCCUGUUUGCAUCGAUAAAGCAAGCACUCAGGGGAAUUGCGUGAAGAGAAUAGGACCAGGGGGCAUUCUUGCCACCCUCAACCUUUGCUUUUGGUUGAUUCUCCACAUUUUCAAUACGGUUUCUAAUCAUCAGGAAUACGAAGUGCAAAUAGAAGCCAUCACUUGCAUAAACAGACUGGUUUGUUUCUCGGUGUCCUUGUGACAGUUUCUGAUGAAGGCUGAACAGGACAAGUAGGCCGGGAGAUAUCUCCAGACAGUGCCGCCUCCAUAGUCAUCGCCACUGAGGAGAGCUGUUAAGAGGCCCCAUGACCGGCCCAGGGAAGGAACCCGGAAGUACCUGUCAGACUAGUGGCCUCCUGUGGAAAACAGCAAUAUCUGGUUUUCCACAUGGAGCACUUGUCAUUGUGCCUGGCAUGGGGUAGGGAACCUCAAUUCUGCUGUGCUAGCAUAAGCUGGGGCAUUUAAAGAACCCCUGUAUAUAAGCCAUACUUCAGGCAAAUUACAUUUGAAUUUUUGGGAUGGGGCACAGGCACCAGCGUUUCUGAAAGAUCCUUGGGUAUUUCCAAUGUGCAUCCAAGAUGGAGAGCCACUGCCAAGGGGUCUCAAGACGGGAAACCCAUUCACCACCCCUCAAAAAGCGGGCAUGAAGCCCACCUGUAUUUACCACAGCCACAACCUGCCUCAGGGCCUCUCUCCUCGAUUCCAGCAGCACACAGCUUGUGAGGUUCUCCUGGAGCUGGCUGACAAUUUUUCUCCUUCCUGCAUAGUGUCCUGUGUGCAGGCACUGCCCUGGCUGCAGAGUCCCACUGGCUUGUAGAUCUCUGCUUACUUGUCGGCCUCCCCCCUCCCGCAGGUCCACACCUUUUUACAUCCAUCCCGGGCUACUUUAAAGGAUCCCAGGGCCCAAGAUUCUGCCGCAGCUACAAUGAGCUUUUAGAAAAGUAAGUCAUCUCAUAUUGCUCACCUGAAUAAAAGCCUCCAAGGGCUUCUCACUGCACUGAAUAUCACAAUCACACCCCUUUUAUCUUGGCUGACCAGCCCCUUGGCAGUCUGACUUCUGUGCAUCUCAAGCAAGAGAGCCCCACGGAGCCCAGGGCCAAGCUCUGGCUCGGGUGACUUUGGGUAAGUGACUGCCCCUCUCCCGGCCUACUUUGCCUCAUCUGUAAGGCAGAUAUGUUGUGAGGAUUUAAUUAGUCGACACGACACUCAAAUCCUCCUCCUUACCCCAUACCAGUCUCACUUAGAUCCCAGCAGAUGCAACACCCACUCUAUCCUCUUGAACCACAAUGUGAGGAGAAUUUCCCUGACGUCGGGUACAACUGGCUUCUUUGCAUCACUCAGGAGCCAAUGCCAUGUCCACAGAGACCUUCCCACCCCUUUAUCACCCCCACUUUAUUUCCUCUAAGCCUGUACUAGUUUGCUAGGGCUGCCAUAACAAAGCAUUGUGUUGGUGCAAAAGUAAUUGCGGUUUUUGCAAUUUGUGCUUUCCUGCAAUUACUUUUGUGCCAACCUAAUACCAUGGACCAGGUGGCUUAAGCAAUAGAAAUGUAUUGUCUCAGCAUUCUGGAGUCUAGAAAUCCAAGACUAAGGUGUCAGCAGGGUUGGCUUCUUAGGGCUAUGAGGAAGAAUCUGUUCCCUGCCUCUUUUCUAGCUUCUGGUGGUUUCGUGGUAAUCUGAGGCAUCCCUUUGCUUGUAGAGGCAUCACCCCCAUGUCUGUUCUCCCUGUGUGUGUGACUUUGUUUACAAAUUUCCCCUUUUUAUAAGAACAUCAGUCAUAUGGACUAAGAGCCCACUCUACUUUUGUACCACCUCCCCCCAACUAAUUAUAUCUAUAAUGAUAUUAUUUCCAUAUAAGGUCACAUUCUGAGGUGUGGUGGCUAGGACUCCAACAUUCUAAUCUGGGGGGCCAUGAUUCAGCCCAUAACACAGUCUGUAUCCCUCUCUGAAACUGACUGAUUUUAUUUGUCAGCCUGUGUAUUGCCUCCUCCCCAAACAUCAGCACCAUGACAGCAGGACCUUGAAUGUCUCAUUUGCCACAGCAACUGCUACAUAAGGCUGGGCUGACACAAAGAAGAUGCUUUGUAUAGUUUCUUGAAUGGAUGAAUUAAAACUAAAGCAACAGGCCAAUUUUCUGAAUAAAAACACUGAAGCCAAAAUAGUGAAGCUACUACUCAGUUAUUAAAAAUGAUGUUUCUAUAACUGUUGAUAUGGGAAAACAUUCUAACAUAUUGUUAAGCAAAACAAGAAAGUUUCAAAUCAGAAUAAAUGAUAUAACAUUUAUAAAACAUACAUACACAUAUAUAUAUGUCCAUUCAAAUAGGUGUGUAGUUACAUAGAAAAGGGUCUGAAAGAAUAUAAAUCAAGUUGUAGCUAGCUGGGUGGUAUUUUAUUUACUCAUGUGGCUUUCUAUUGUUUAUAUUGUCUGACUUUUCUGCAAUAGAUAUGCGAUGUUUGUGUAAAAAGAGAAAUAAUAAAAGCCAAGCUUUUCAGGGAAAAACAAAAGUAAACCCUCUCACUUGCAGUAUGAUUUGGGUGUCCACUAUCUCUCAUCCCAGGCUGCAAGCUCCAUGGGAGCAGGGACUAUGUCUUCACAUCUACAAGCCUCACGCCAUGCUUGGCACAUAACAGGUGUUCCUUAUAUGCUGGCUGGGUGGAAAUAAAUAGAUACGUGGAUUCAUGUCCCCACAAGACCUCAACCAAAGCAGUUGUUCUAGCGGCCUUCCCAGUAAGCAUAUGGUAUAUUUUCUUGCCAAUACAAAAAUCUUUAGAAGAAGAAAGAGGACAGGAGGAAGGGGACGUGGAAGGGAGGAAUGCAGACACUCUAGCCUGUUAAAUAUCUCUGGCAUGUCAUCCAACUAUAGUGAUAACUAAGGUGUUGUCAAGAAUAAAAACACAGCACGAAGCAACACUGUCAAAGCUAGGAAAAAAUUAAAUCAGAAAGGCUGUCACCCAAACCUGUGAACCAAACAGCCACAUUUCACCUGAUUCUUCUAAUUAGUGUUUGAAAAGCCUUUCAAAGCAGACAAGUGCUACAUUAAGUGCUUAGUAUUCAUUAAUACUAUGAGUAGAUGAGGUAGGCAGGUACUUACUGAUUAUAUAAAUGUCCUGAGCUUGUCAGUACAGUAUUUGGAAUCAACGUCUGGCUAUACUUCAAAAAUUCUAUACAUUUAUGAGUCUUAUAAAUUUUAUGCAGUUUUUAUAAAUGUUCUCCAGCUUCUGGCUUCCAAAGAAAGUAGCUUCAUAUAUUUGCAGUUCCUAAGUUACUAAACUUUAGAAAUUACCUAACACUGUAGUUCUCAACUCUAUCAGCUCCAACACCCCUUUUUAUAAUAAAUACUUUGUCAUACCUCCUUUUAGUAUCCUGAAGUGAAAUUAUUGAUCAUCUACCUAUAUACAACAUAUUUUAGUGUGUAAAUACCCAGGCAUAUCCAAAUGACGGUGUCAGAUGCUUGCACUAUGUGAAAAAUGACCACAAAUGUGCCAGUUCCAGAUGGCAGGCUGUUCCAGGGUGCGGCAUGAGAAAUGCAAUACCGCGGGUGGCAUUCCCAUGGGGUCCUUUGUUUUCUGAAAGGGCAAACAACUCCUCUUAAGUUCCAAACUAAAUACAUUAUAAUCUUCCUUUGAUUUAUUCUAUAGUGGUAUUCCUGGAAAAUUCAAUUUACUUGUAUAUUAAGGCUAUCCAAAAUAUCCUAUGAGUUUAUAUGUAAAAGAGAGUGAGUUGCCAGGCUCAGAUCAUCAUAACCAGGAUUUUUAUCUACAGGAAUGUCAAGCAAAAUAUCUAAAAGUUGUGUGACAACAUCCUACACAUCUCACAUCUCAGGGUCCCCCCAGAUGCCAGGAGUACUCCCCACCAUUCCAAUGUUUGAGAGUAAAAAAAAAUUCCCAAAACAUUUUUUAUUUCAUUUGGAAGCCAAGUGUCAAAAUAACCCAUGGGGUGGCAUGGCCCCUCUUGAGACUCAUGGAUCUAAUUUUACAUUUUUAUGUUAAAAAAAAAUGUAGAUAUCGUGUCCCCUUGAAAUAUGCCCAAGAAUCACAGACCAAGUGUUGGCAAAGUAAGAGGUAGUUAGAGUUGAGAUGGAUGAGCACUUUCCAUACGCCAGGUAUUUUCUUAAGCUCCUUCUGGACGUCACUCAUCUAAUCUUGACAUCAACACUAGGAGAGAGACUUUAUUGUCCCAUUGGACAGUUGAGACUGAAACACAGACAUGGCUUACCCAAGACCACAAAGCGGGUAAGUGGCAGAGCUCUAACUCAGACCAUCCUCAUCAGGAUGACUGUGCAACACAAUGUACGUGCUGACAGUCCUUUAGAACUGGAGAGAAGAGCAAGGAGAGUGGAACCCUUCCAUGUUAUGAGCACACAGGUAGACCAGUUCUACCAGUUCAGGACAUUAACCUCCAACCAUCCCUCCAAGUCAAGGUUUGUUUCUCACUCGGUCUCAUCUUCUGCUCUCUUGUGUUUUUCCUGCAGACAUUCAUGCCCAGGAGAAGGCUGCACUGGGUCCCUCUGGACCUUUCCUAAAAGGGAGAUCCCUGUUCACUAGAUGAGUUCCAGAACCAUCCGCUAAGGCUUUGUAGCCCCCUUCCAUCGGCUGACCUUCACUGCAUCCCCUAUCGCUCAAGAUGAGUGGCUUCUUCACCUCACUGGACCCCCGGCGGGUGCAGUGGGGGGCUGCCUGGUAUGCAAUGCACUCCAGGAUCCUACGCACCAAACCAGUGGAGUCCAUGCUAGAGGGAACUGGGGCCACCACAGCACAUGGAACUAAGCUAGCCCAGGUACUCACCACAGUGGACCUCAUCUCUCUUGGCGUUGGCAGCUGUGUGGGCACUGGCAUGUAUGUGGUCUCUGGCCUGGUGGCCAAGGAAAUGGCAGGACCCGGUGUCAUUGUGUCCUUCAUCAUUGCAGCCGUCGCAUCCAUAUUAUCAGGUGUCUGCUAUGCAGAGUUUGGAGUUCGAGUCCCCAAGACCACAGGAUCUGCUUACACCUACAGCUAUGUCACUGUUGGGGAAUUUGUGGCAUUUUUCAUUGGCUGGAACCUGAUCCUGGAGUACCUGAUUGGUACUGCGGCCGGAGCCAGUGCUCUGAGCAGCAUGUUUGACUCACUAGCCAACCACACCAUCAGCCGCUGGAUGGCGGACAGCGUGGGAACCCUCAAUGGCCUGGGGAAAGGUGAAGAAUCAUACCCAGACCUUCUGGCUCUGUUGAUCGCGGUCAUCGUGACCAUCAUUGUUGCUCUGGGGGUGAAGAAUUCCGUAGGUUUCAACAAUGUUCUCAAUGUGCUGAACCUGGCAGUGUGGGUGUUCAUCAUGAUCGCAGGCCUCUUCUUCAUCAAUGGGAAAUACUGGGCGGAGGGCCAGUUCUUGCCCCACGGCUGGUCAGGGGUGCUGCAAGGAGCAGCAACAUGCUUCUACGCUUUCAUUGGGUUUGACAUCAUUGCCACCACUGGAGAGGAAGCCAAGAAUCCCAACACGUCCAUCCCUUAUGCUAUCACCGCCUCCCUGGUCAUCUGCCUGACAGCAUAUGUGUCUGUGAGCGUGAUCUUAACUCUGAUGGUGCCAUAUUACGCCAUUGACACGGAAUCCCCACUCAUGGAGAUGUUUGUGGCUCAUGGGUUCUAUGCUGCAAAAUUCGUAGUGGCCAUUGGGUCGGUUGCAGGACUGACAGUCAGCUUGCUGGGGUCCCUCUUCCCGAUGCCAAGGGUCAUUUAUGCCAUGGCUGGUGACGGGCUCCUUUUCAGGUUCCUGGCUCACGUCAGCUCCUACACAGAGACGCCAGUGGUGGCCUGCAUCGUGUCGGGGUUCCUGGCAGCGCUCCUCGCGCUGUUGGUCAGCUUGAGAGACCUGAUAGAGAUGAUGUCUAUUGGCACUCUCCUGGCCUACACCUUGGUCUCUGUCUGUGUCUUGCUCCUUCGAUACCAACCUGAGAGUGACAUUGAUGGUUUUGUCAAGUUCUUGUCUGAGGAGCACACCAAGAAGAAGGAGGGCAUUCUGGCUGACUGUGAGAAGGAAGCUUGUUCUCCUGUGAGUGAAGGGGAUGAAUUUUCUGGCCCAGCCACCAACACAUGUGGGGCCAAGAAUUUACCAUCCUUGGGAGACAAUGAGAUGCUCAUAGGGAAAUCAGACAAGUCAACCUACAACGUCAACCACCCCAAUUACGGCACCGUGGACAUGACCACAGGCAUAGAAGCUGAUGAAUCCGAAAAUAUUUAUCUCAUCAAGUUAAAGAAGCUGAUUGGGCCUCAUUAUUACACUAUGAGAAUCCGGCUGGGCCUUCCAGGCAAAAUGGACCGGCCCACAGCAGCGACAGGGCACACGGUGACCAUCUGCGUGCUCCUGCUCUUCAUCCUCAUGUUCAUCUUCUGCUCCUUCAUCAUCUUUGGUUCUGACUACAUCUCAGAGCAGAGCUGGUGGGCCAUCCUUCUGGUUGUUCUGAUGGUGCUGCUGAUCAGCACCCUGGUGUUUGUGAUCCUGCAGCAGCCAGAGAACCCCAAGAAGCUGCCCUACAUGGCCCCUUGCCUCCCCUUUGUGCCUGCCUUUGCCAUGCUGGUGAACAUCUAUCUCAUGCUAAAGCUCUCCACCAUCACAUGGAUCCGGUUUGCGGUCUGGUGCUUUGUGGGUCUGCUCAUUUAUUUUGGAUAUGGCAUCUGGAACAGCACCCUGGAAAUCAGCGCUCGAGAAGAGGCCCUGCACCAAAGCACUUACCAACGCUACGACGUGGAUGACCCCUUCUCAGUGGAGGAGGGUUUCUCCUACGCCACAGAGGGCGAGAGCCAGGAGGACUGGGGCGGGCCCACCGAAGACAAAGGCUUCUAUUACCAACAGAUGUCAGAUGCGAAGGCAAACGGCCGGACAAGUAGCAAAGCGAAGAGCAAAAGCAAACACAAACAGAACUCAGAGGCCCUGAUUGCAAAUGAUGAGUUAGAUUACUCUCCAGAGUAGGAGAAACACACAAGUGGGUAGAAAUGGUGAUGAUUGAUUUUCAGUAACUUAACCUGUGGGCUAGAAGGUGAAAACUUUUUUGGCUCUCAUUUCACAAAUCCAGCCUUCCCCAAAUUCAAUCCCUAGUCAUAGCCUAUCAUUUGCUACUUUUGCUCUUCAGGAUAGUUCUGUUGAAGGGCUUAACCUGGGUCCCCUAACUGGUCGCCUUGUUAAAUAAAAUAAAUAAAUAAACAAGAGGCUACAUGAAAUUCCAUCUUAGGUGCAACCACCAGAGCUGAUGGUAGCAAAUGUUUCCUAGGCCUUUGCUUUGCUGGUUGAAGCCCAAGCAGGGGCUCUGGGCAGAAGGCAGAAUUUCAGUCACCUGAGACAUGGGGACAAAGCUCUAUUCUUGGCAUGUCAGGCUGAGUGCUGCUCCCUGAGGUCAGGGUGGGUAGGUGGGCAUUGGCACUUCCUGAGCAAGCAUCAUUUUAUCCUGCAAUCUCACCCAAAACUAAUUCAUGGAAAAGAUACAUGCUUCUUUUUAUUCACCAACAUUCUCACAGCUUCCAAACUAUAAUUUUAGGAUCCAGCAAAGGUCAGGGACUCUGGACCAUUUUCCCAAUGGUUUCAGAUUCACCAUAAAGCAGUCAUGCAGACCCAGUGAUAUGGUAAGAAGCACCAUCAAAGCUCUAUGUAAAUGCCCAGAAGAAAAUUAAAUAACCAUAUCUUGCAGUGAAGGCCAGAAGGGCAUUGGCAGAAAUUAACUCUCUGUCAUGGCCUUUCUUAUACCAGACUGCAGCUCCUGGUGAUAUGAUGAAAGAGGGCAAAGGUGGAGCAUGAUUUCAUGGCACUGAUAUGCCUUGAAGAAGCAGGUUGUUUGUUUUAUAAUCAGAUAAAAAUCUUUACAAGGAGAAGUGAGCCAGCCACUGAGAUCACAUUGCAAAUUCUCUUUCAUAUUUCUAAAAUUAUAAAUUCUGUAGUUUUUGAGAUAUGCAACCACUUGAUUGUUGUGUGCUACUCUGAAAACAAAAUAGGUUGAAGUACAGCGACUUAGGUAGUUGCAUUCCAUGAGACCAUGAGAUCACAUUUCACUUCUGAACCUUAUUCCUUGGGGGUAGCUCACUUUCAGAGGUGUAUUUUUUUUCCUGUUAUUUCCCAGAUUAGUUUCACUGAAGCCCAGAGAAAUAUCUACCUGGUAAGAUGUAAAUUUGGGCCAUAAAAGGGGCUAUUAAAAGAAUUUUCUCAGAAAUAGAAUAGAUGAGAGAAUUUGCAAAGGAAAAAAACACACAUGGGCUAUAAUAUAAAUUCUACUCUUGGGUUACAAGAAUUCCUGUGGCUGCGCUGAGAUGUGUACAAAUGUAUGUGAAGGCACAAUUUGAAUCAAGCUAUCAUAAAAAUAACCAAGCUAUUAAAAUUAAUUAAGUUAUUAAUAAAAUCUCUGUGAGGAUUUCCUGAAAGAGGGACAAAAGAAGAAAUUCCUUGUCCUUUCUCUCCUAGAUGUAUCAGUAUGCCAAACUUUUUCCAGGACAUAUUCGCUAACACUCAAGUCUGUUCUUUCUGAAAGGCUGAGGCUCAUGCCAUCUUGGCAUGCUUUAGGAUUAUGGCAAGGAGGUAAAAGUCCAUUUUUUCAUUCAACUAACACUGGUUGAGAAUAGACCAAAUGCCAAGUGACAGGAAUGAAUAGAAGCAUGGCAUCUGCCCUUGGGGGCUACAGUCCGUGGAUGAGCAGCACUGGAGCCUGGUAAAUGCAGAUAAAACAACAAACUUGACAAGUCUCCAGGCUGAUGCACUGGGUUUUAACAUACAUAUAAAGAUCAAUUGAAACUAGUUUUUAAAAAAUAUGCUUUAAAUAAAUUACAUAUCGUAAUCAUAGCCAAUGUAUACCAUUAAACUAAAAUAACUGCAAUUUUCUAGAUAUUUUUUAUUCUUCUGUAGUAAUUGUUUAGAACUCUGGUUUCCUGAGGUCAUUUUGUCAUUUUAAUGUCAUGCUUGACAAUGCUAUGUUUUCUCUUCCCUAGAGUUAACCAUAAAGAUAUAGUGCCUACUCUGUGAAAUACAUCAUUGGGAAUUAAUUAUAAACUAAUUAUCAGUCAUCUUUUGAAAACAAAGUUUUGAAUUGGCUAUAGGACUCAACAAAUCUGCCUGGUUUAAAUACAAUCUGUCAAGCUUGAUACACAUCUAGAUAGAUGAGGUGGGGUUGUACUCAUUAAACAUGAGAAUAGAGAAAUAGGAGUGCAAAAUAGCAAAAUCUUAAUGUGGGUCAAAGAGCUUCCUUUUACUAGUGAGGUUUAAGUAUUAAAGUAACAAUAGCCUGGUGGCAGAUGAAUGCAAUUUCUAUAGGAUGAGUGGGAAUGGAAAAUGUAUGCUUUGGUUAACACCAUUGCUAUUGAUUUUGUGCAGAUUCUAUGAACCACUCUCAUUUCAGGAGCCAUUUUUCCCAAAUAGUAUAUUUGUAUAUUUUAAGCUUAGCUCCCUUUAUUUUUCUAAAGUUGACAAAUCACCUCCCUAGCAACCUUAGUUUAAAAAAAAAAAAAUCACUAAGAUAGAAAAAGUUUUUUCUGGUACAUAGGCAUGUUUGUCCUCAGGUUUACCAGCUUCUGUGAAACAGUCCCAGAUUUUACAAUGCAGUUUUCAAAUACCAUCAAUCACUAGAAUGACAAUAUUACUAUUUUCUUAACAGGUUUCUAAACGAUGUAUUUGUGGGACCACAUUAAAAGUAAGAUCACCUUAUAAUUAGCUUAGAAACUUUGCCCCUUGAAGGGAGUCCAAGGAAGACCUACAUUUUAUUGAAUUCUGAAUAGCAAAAGCUCUCCGAGUGAGAUUUCAUUGUGUGGAUUUGUGGUUUGGAGCCAAUUACUUGAUUUUUUUCAGAGUUUAUUCUACAUAUUUAUUGGUACUCUGCUUCAUUUCAAAAGGACUUGAGGCAGCUACUAAAAUAUAUAUAAUACAAAACAAAAAUUAAGUGAGGAACUCAGGGCAAAUAAAAAUAGAAACAGAAAGGAUAAGACAAAACUAGAUGUAUAUUUAGUUCAUAAAUGCAGAACCCUGAUAUGCUUUACUAAAUUUGCCAAUGAGUAGCACCAUGAAAAAUAAUAGAAUUAGUGGUAAUGACAAGAAGAAGUACUUCUGCAUGAUAAGAACAAAUUUUUCCCCAUGCAGGUAGAGGUUUGAAAUAGCAUAGAUCAUUAAAAUCCACAGAUAAGCUUCAAACCUAGAUUUUGCUAGCUACAUGUGCCUGGCAUAUAGUGUGUAUUCAAGAAAUACCUGAUGAUUGACAGAGUGAAUGAAUUGGAGGAAAAUGAAAUAUUUAUUCAACAAUUAUUUGUGGAGUGCCUAUUAUGUACUAUGGCAGAUAUUGAUACCGUGAGUCAGAUAAAAAUCCAGCUCUUAAGAAAUAGAGGAAAUAGAGCUUGGUGUGGUGGUAUGUGCCUAUGAUCCCAGAUAGUUGGGAGACUGAGGCAGGAGGAUCACUUGAACCCAGGAGUUCAAGGCUGCAGUGAGCUAUGAUCACACCAGUGUACUCCAGCCUGGAUAACAGAAGAAUACCCUGUCUCUUAAAAAGAAAAAUGAAAUAGGGGAAAUGGGAUAUAUAAAUAAAGAACAAUAGUGAAUGUGUCAGGUGAGAUGAGGGAUUUGUAAUGUGCUCUGGGGGUUCAAAUACGAAGAAGGCCUUCUUCCUCUCAAAAGGUCAUAAAAAAUGUCACACUUGUGUUGGAACUUGUGAAGUGGGUAGAAUUUUAUCAAGUAGAAAUGAAAGAAAGGCAUGCCAAGCAAAGGAUCAGCAUGAAUAAGGUCUACUAGUCUGUGGUCCUCUGACUAAGAAUUUGUGCUGUGCCUCCAUUAAGAGAAAGCAAGGAGCUAGUUUGCCUGGAGCACAUGAUUUAUGCAUGACUUAUACAUGCAACAAUAAGAAAUAAUGCUAGGAAGGCAGGUGAGGGCUCACUCACAGAGAGACUUGAAUGUCACCCUGAGCUGGCUGGCUUUCCUCGGGUGAGAGAGUGGGAAAUAAUUGGGGAACUGACAAAAGUGUGAAUCCGGGAAGGCUGAACUUUAAGAAAGCUGAGACGGUGGCUUCCUUGCCUAUGCAAGGAACUAACAAGCCACAUAUACACUCCAAGUUGAUUUAACAAAUCAAAGGGAAAAAUAGCUGUACUUUGAGUCCUGUGUCUGCGUUCAUCAUUAACCUAAGAAAAUACAGCCAUUUAACACGUGGACAGGCAACACAAUUUAACAGCCACUUUAAAGUGUUCAACAAUAGGUUUUAACAACCAACCUAACAACUUUUUAUAUCUAUCUAAUCUAAACAGUAAAACCUCAGCUCUAGGUUUUACUGAGCUUGAGUGCUACUUUUUUUUUUGAGACAGAGUCUCACUCUGUCACCCAGGCUGGAGUGCAGUGGCACGAUCCUGGCUCACUGCAACCUUCACCUCCCGGGUUCAAGCUAUUCUCCUUCCCCAGCCUCCCGAGUAGCUGGGAUUAUAGGCGUGUGCCAGUUCUACUUCUUAGUAACAAACUAGUAGCUAAUCAAAUGCCUACAUAAGGGUCAUGAUAAAUCUGUUUAAAUAAAUGGCGGGCAGAAGAGAGUUGUUGAAUUUAACAAUCCAUCCUUCUUCAGAAUCUAUGGGUCAGCCAGAAUAUAAAUCUAGUAAUUAUUGGAAAACAAAACACAAA